AGGCAACUGCAAGGGUUCGCUCCUGACGGCCCACAGACUGAAGCGAAGCUGUUCAAAGCUGUCUUGGACUCCGACCAUGGCAAAAAUCAUCCUGAGGCACCUCAUAGAGACUCCGGUGCGCUACGAGGAGGAGUUUGAAGCUCGAGGUUUGGAAGACUGCCGGCUGGAUCACGCUUUAUAUGCGCUGCCGGGGCCAACCACGGUGGACGUGCGCAAAGCCAGGGCGGCCCGGGCUUCCCGGGGGGACUCUGCGGCGGAGACGCCGACCGAGGAAGGCAAGUCCCGCUUCCAGAUCCUGCUGGACGUGGUCCAGUUUCUCCCCGAGGAUAUCAUCAUUCAGACCUUCGAAGGCUGGCUGUGGAUCAAGGCUCAGCACGGAACCAGGAUGGACGAGCAUGGUUUUAUCUCAAGAAGCUUCACCCGCCAGUAUAAACUGCCAGAUGGCAUUGAGACCAAAGAUUUGUCUGCCACCCUCUGUCACGAUGGAAUUCUGGUGGUGGAAGUGAAGGAACCAGUGGGGACUAACUGACAUCAAUUCCUGUUCAUAGGCUCCAGGAAGAUGGUAGUUCAGCCAAUGGUACCACCUGGAAAGUCUGUAUUAACCACGCUGGAAAUUAUUUUUAUGAAGAUUAAAAGUAUAGACAUAGUUCCUGGUAUGUUGAGGUUGUUUUUGUUAUUCUCACUCAGAGAGGAAAAUUGUUAAAUGUUCCUGCAGUUCAAAAAUGAUGCCGUUCUUACAACCUGAAACAGUGACAGUUGAGGAGAUGGGUUUGAUAUCAGUAAAGACUCGGGAUUAUUUCCUCGUUACCCCACCAAUGCCAAGAAUCUUAAUUUGUAAUAAUUGAUGGCAAAAGAUACUGGUAUCCUAUGCAUUUUAUGAAAACCGUUUAUAUUGCUAAAAACAGCUGUGAUUCCCUUCACUUAACAAGCUCUUCUUUUCAGUGAAUUUUAAUUGAAGUGGAACUUUGUAAAUAUACAGUGUGAAGGUUAAAAUGCAGUACUUAGAAAUUGGGUCUGAAAUAUAUUCAUUAUUCACUACAGCUGUUGCUGCCUUAAACAUAAUACUGGAAUUUUCAGAUACAAAUUUUAUUUUUAAAAAGCUCUAAAUAUGUACCCCAUUUUUAAAAAGCUGAAGUGAAUCUAUUUGAAUGUAUUUUUGACAACAGCAUAUGUUCUGUGGAUAUUUAUGUGACAGUACGGAGAUAUGUGUUGACUCCUACUCUUAUAAAUUCAUAUUAAGAAACCACUUUUAAAAGUACGGUUACUGAAUUAAAGAGUUUUCUUCUGUGUUCUUUGAGGCUAUUUAAAAUUUUAGAUUUCAGAAGAUGGCAAAACGCACUGCAUCUGCUCUCUCUGCAUAAUCCUGGGCUUUAAAUAGCCUGGCAGGCCGGGGAGGUUCCCAGGCCGGAGCUCGCACAGGGGGCUAAGUUUCUAUGCAGCACUGCUGAGGGCUGCUUGGCCUAAAGGGAAGGGCUGAGGCGUUGUUGGAGGUUAAGGAUUUGCUAUAGGGGUACUGCCAUCAACAGCUGGUCUCUGUGUCAUUCCAAAGAUUUGCUGUCUCAUUCUGUACAUGCUAAAUAUUUCUUGGGAGGAAGUAGCCACCUUUACCCGGUCCCACCUUGUGCUACCGGGGAGCCUGCGCACUGUGCUGGGAAUAGAAGACGUUGGAUGUGGAAAGAGCCAGGGCUGACGCAGGCCACUGGCACACCCCCGUGCUCCUCCGCGGUGCGUGGUGUAUAGUUUGGGUAAGAACAGGAGAGACACGAAGCAACAGAAAAAGAAAUAAAACAGUUCUAAAAGAAGUUUUGAAAACAAAUGUGCUCAGAGAGAUUUGUUUACAGUAUAAUUAAACAGAAGGAAUCGUGAAGCUAUAUGUUGAUGUUUAUCUACUGAGGUUUGUGCAUCUAACUCUCAGAAAUUUUGUUUGACAAAGUGAGUAUCACGGACCAGCUUUGCUAUAUUACAAAGAUAAUCGUAAUUAUUGGGAUUACAUCUACUAAUAUGAUUAGAGCUGGGAUACCAUUUGCCCCACAUUAGAUUCUUUCCCAAUGAUUGGUAGGAUGGUAUGAAAAUCAACUAGUGCUCUGAGAAACCAACCAACCAACCAACCAACCAACCAACCAACAAAAACCCCUCUCAUCUGCCUUUAACCUUAUUCUACAUGAUGCCCUACUUCUGCGAAAACUCAAUAAGUAAAAUUCUUACCACGAGGAGCUACUGAUAGAAACUUUUCCUUUAAAAAUAAACACUAAAAUAACCACAUCA